AUGGCUUCCGCGGUCUGGGGGAGUGCCCCCUGGUGGGGCCCGCCGCCCCCGGCCCCAGCCCGCCCGCUCACGGACAUCGACUUCUGCUCCGGAGCGCAGCUCCAGGAACUGACCCAGCUCAUCCAGGAGCUAGGAGUGCAGGAGAGCUGGAGGGACGGGCCCAAGACGGGCCCAGACCUCCUCCGGGCCAAGGACUUUGUUUUUUCUGUACUCGGUCUGGUUCACCGCCGAGACCCCCGUUUUCCGCCCCAAGCCGAGCUCUUGCUGCUUCGUGGCGGGAUUCGCGAGGGCUCCGUGGAUCUGGGGCCUUCACCCCUCGGCCCCUAUGCCCGGGGGCCUCACUACGACGCCGGCUUCACCCUGCUGGUGCCCGUGUUUUCUCUCGAUGGCAUCGGGCAGGAGUUGCAACUGGACAUGGAAUCCUGUUAUGCCCGGCUCUGCCUCCCGGAAUCGAUGCAGGGAACCUCGGUGCGAGAGGCGUGGCAGGACUGCCUGGGACCCCCAGUCCCAGGAGGACGCGAGUCGGCCCCCCGCACCGAAAGCGAACAAAGUCCCCAGGAUCAGCAAAGCUCCGUGGACCAACCGCCCGGUGACGUCACCGAGCUGGACCCGCACGUGCCUUUGGAAAAAUCACCUGGUAACCGUUCCGGGCCCGAGUCGCCUCGGCCAGAUGUAACCGACCUCGGCUUUCCCGCAUCCCCGAAAGAACUGGGUGGUGACGUCACCAAAGCAACCACGGAGAGUCCCGCACCGCCGCUGUCGGAGGCUCCGGAGGCGUGGCCCACAUUGUGCCCGGCCAAGGUGGCUGCGUGGUUCUUCGCUGUGCUGGCUGAGGUCGCCGAGACCCUGAUCCCGGUCCCUGGUGCCCCGCUCUUGGUCCACGCAGCCCGCCACGCGGGAUUCACCACCAUCCUCCUGGCUACUCCAGGGCCCCCACGCCGUGUCCUGCUUUUCGACCUGAUCCCCGUAGUGUCCGUGAAUGGCUGGCCCGAGGGGGCUCGGAGCCACUCGUGGGCCGGCCCGCUGGCCUCCGAGUCGUCGUCCUUCUACCUGGUGCCGGGCGGGGACACAGAGCGCUGGGCGCUUCCGCUGCUCCCGCUGGUGGCCGGGACCCGGGCCGCGGCGCCCUACCUUCUGCGGACGUUACUCUACUGGGCUUGCGAGCGGCUGCCUGCGCUCUAUCUGGCGCGGCCGGAGAAUGCCGGCGCCUGCUGCCUGGGGCUGCUGGAUGAGCUGAGCCGUGCGCUCGAGGCCGGGACUCUGCCCCACUAUUUUCUGAGCGGCCGAAAGCUCUGGGCAGGGGACAGCGCGGCUGCGCUGCUUAUGGCGUUGGCCCGGCUUCGUGGGGACCCUGCCCGGGCCCUGUGCGCCACGGUGGAGGAGGCCAAGACUGCGCGCAAGGGGGGCGGCUUAGCUGGUGUGGGAGGCGGGGCCCAUUAAGGACUCCUACCAGCAUGGAAAGUCCCUCACUUGGGAGACACUUAGCACCCUGGACCCAAAAUUCCGUUCAAGAAGGCAUCCUUGCGGUUCCUCCCCAUCAUUCCACUCGCCUCGCGCUCCAUCCCGGGUACAGGUCUUUCCCGUCUGGCUUCCCUGCUCUCCAAACCUGUGGCCAGCAUCCCUCUUGCCCUAGUACAGCCUCUAGCAACUAUCUCCCCCCAAUUCUUACGGUCUCUUCGGAGUCUAUAGGCGGGAGGGGGAGGAUAAGUGGAAAGGAGAGCGGUAUGGAGAUCGGAGACAGACUAACUCGUCUCACACAAAAGCAGUCAUAUUAAGGAGGCCGGAUUUCGCCCCAAGCUGGAUCUCGACUCCCUCCCCCCAGUCUCUUCAGUUAUUACCCCCACUUUCCUCAUUCAGUCCUGUCCUCCCAUCCUGGGCCGUAGGGUCCCUUCACUCUCUGGGUGUUCACCCUUCCAUUGAUCUUAAGCCCCAUUUCCCUCCCCUCAUCCAGGGUUCCAUUCAAUGGAGUCACCUUGGUUCCUCCUCCUCUGAACACCCAGAUAUGCGGCCCUGCCUCAGCUCCCCCUGCCUCUAAGGAACCCCAGGGUUCCUCCCGCCCAACUUAACCCCCUUUUCCUGGCGUCUCCGCCCCCUGCCCCGCCCCCAGGCUGGCUCUCGGAGAAGUGCGAGAUGCGGUUGCGAUUGCCGCGGCCGCCUCAGCUUCCCACUGUCGCUGCUGCUACUGCUGCCGCCUCUACCGCCGCUGCGCUGGGUCCAGCCGCCAGGCCGUGCUCUGAUUUUGCCGGACCAGGGCGCUCUGCGGGGACACCUUCACUCUUCUGGGGGCCCAGGACGCCUAGCCGGGCGUGGAGGGAAGCUCCGUUUGCGGGGGACAGGGAGGGAGGAGCCUGGAACCCGGGCCAGCACCACCCGUCGCGGGAUCUACAGGACAGGACAGGUGGAGGGGCGUCGGGGAAAAGGGGGUUGCUAUAGGUAGUCCCAGGGAGGAGGGGGGAAGCCCUGUAGCAGCGAUGCGCUCAGAUUUGUAGGGGGCCUGUUCACAUUUGGGAACUGGUGACUUGGGCGCACUCUUUUGCGGGGCUGGUUGGACUGGAGGGGGUGGGAUCUAAACAGCACCAGCUGUUCCUGAGGAAAUUAAGGGGCGGCCGGAGGGGAAAAAAAAAACCCACCACCAAAACGGAUGCUCCUUAUUUCCAGGUUGACAGAGGGCCCCCCAGACACCUACCUGGUGUAUCCACCAGGAAGGGUGGAUUUGGAGGUGACUUCAAAAAUAGUGGAGGGUAACAUGGGCUCAGCAAUUUGAACCCUGAGCCACUAGAAAUGGGGGUGACUUGGUGAGAAAAAAAAAAA